GUUUCGCCGUUCAAGAGUUCAAUCAUCAGAUUUCACAAUGACAGACACCGCAGUCGCAACUUCAACACCCGCUCCAGCAGUGGCCAAAACUAGUCCUAAGAAGAAGGUCGCUGCAAAGGCCAAACCUGCCGCUUCUGCUCACCCGAGCACUGCGAUCAUGGUUACCGCAGCGAUUAAGGAACUCAAGGACAAGAAAGGUUCGACUCUGCAGGGAAUCAAGAAGUACAUGGCCGCCAACUACAAAGUCGAUUCGACCAAAUUGGCUCCGUUCAUCCGCAAAUUCCUGAAGGCCGCCGUCGCAAAAGGACUUUUGGUCCAAACCAACGGUUCUGGUGCAUCGGGUCAUUUCAAAUUGGCCGCGGAGACGAAAAAAUCCGUUCCUAAGAAGAAGAUCGUUGCCAAGAAACCAGCUGCCAAAAAGGCGCCUGUUGCUGCAGCCAAAAAGAGGAAAUCGCUGGUGAAAAAGUCCAAGGCGGAACCGGCUGCGAAAAAAGCCAAGAAAGAGGUAGCUGCUCCCAAGCCGAAGGCCGUUAAACCUGCCAAGGCUAAAAAGACGACUGCUGCUAUUAAGACCAAAGCCCCCAAAGCCAAAAAGUCUCCGGUAAAGAAAACCGUACCCAAAAAAAAAUAAAUCCACACUAGCAGAGUGUUUAACGUACUCUUUAUAAAACGGUCCUUCUCAGGACCA